CCGGAGCAGCCCCGGCUCCGGCCCCGGCUCCGGCUCCACCCCCGCCACCUCCUCCGCCCCCGCCGCCGCUGCCUCUGCCACCGCCCGCUCCGCGGGGUCCUAAAGCCGCUCGUCUGAAGAGGAUGGUCCGACUGGCUGCGGAGCUGCUGUUGCUUCUGGGACUUUUGCUACUCACCUUGCACAUCACUGUACUUCGGGGUAACAGUGCAGACGGGUCGGACGCAGCCCCCAGCAACGCUAGCCAGGGACAACUGCAGAACAACCUCAAUGUGGACAGCCACUCUUUAUCAGAAUCCAGCUUUUCACUCACAAGGGAAGAGCAGAGGGAGUAUCCUGAUCACCAAGCUGCACACAGACCAUUCCCCAAACAACGAUUCCGGCAGGAGCCUAGCCAUACAUCUUUACAGAGGGAUGGCCCCAGAUCCUUCCUCUUAGAUCUACCAAACUUUCCAGAUCUCUCAAAAGCUGAUAUUAAUGGACAAAAUCCAAACAUUCAGGUUACCAUAGAGGUUGUUGAUGGUCCAGAUACAGAGUCAGAGAAAGACUUGCACCCAGAAAACAAGCCCAGCUGGCCAAUCCCAUCACCUGAUUGGCGUAAUUGGUGGCAGAGAUCUUCCACCUUGACAAGGGUAAACAGUGGUGACCAGGACUACAAGUUUGAUAGCAUCACAGAAGAUAGCAACUUCCUCAACCCCCCCAGGGGAUGGGAUCGCCAUGCCCCAAGCCAUCGGACUUUUGAAACCAAAGAACAGCCAGAAUAUGAUACUCUGAUUUAUCAAUGUAACUUCAUAAAUUGUAAUGUCCAGAACCCAAUAAUACAGAUGUUGUCUGACCAAGAUUACAUUGAUGGUGAAGGAGACUGGAGCCCAUGGUCUGUCUGCAGUGUAACCUGUGGAAGUGGCAAUCAGAAGCGAACCAGGUCAUGUGGCUAUGCCUGCACAGCCACAGAGUCCCGAACAUGUGACCGUCCAAACUGCCCAGGAAUUGAAGACACCUUUAGGACAGCUGCCACAGAAGUAAGCCUGCUUGCAGGAAGUGAAGAGUUUAAUGCCACCAAACUCUUUGAAGUUGACACUGAUAGUUGUGAGAGAUGGAUGAGCUGCAAGAGUGAAUUCUUGAAGAAAUAUAUGCACAAAGUGAUCAAUGAUCUUCCCAGCUGCCCUUGCUCCUACCCAACUGAAGUUGCCUACAGCACAGCAGAGAUCUUUGAUCGUAAUAAGAGGAAAGACUUCCGCUGGAAAGAUGCAAGUGGACCAAAGGAGAAGCUGGAUAUCUAUAAGCCUACAGCCCGAUAUUGCAUCAGAUCCAUGCUUUCCUUGGAAAGCACAACACUGGCAGCACAGCACUGCUGUUAUGAUGACAAUAUGCAACUCAUUACCAGGGGGAAAGGCGCUGGAACUCCAAACCUGAUUAGCAUUGAGUUCUCUGCAGAGCUCCAUUACAAAGUAGACAUUUUGCCUUGGAUAAUUUGCAAGGGAGACUGGAGCAGGUAUAAUGAAGCCCGACCUCCAAACAAUGGUCAGAAAUGUACAGAAAACCCUUCCGAUGAAGAUUAUUUCAAGCAGUUCCAGGAGGCUAGGGAAUAUUAAUAGGGUGGGGCUAUUCAGCCUGGAGGGGAAGGUAGUAAUUAUAUAUACCUAGCACCUGUGACACAAAUUUUCUGCACUGAUCUGCUUGAAAUAGGGUUAAUCUUCUUCUUUACAGUAUAUAUGUAUAUUUGUAUAUAAUACAUGUGUAUUUUCCAUAAAUUGCAAUAUGGGUAUGCAUAGAGCCAUGUGACUUUCUAUAUGAAGUCAUACACACCCCUGUAUGCGUACUAAGGAUAAUGUAUAUAGUGAUCAAAUUGUGUGGAAAGGAAAAACAUAAACCAGGAAAAUAAGCAGGAAUAAAUAGUUGGUGGGAUAAACUCAUGCUUUGACCCAGUAUUUAAGAGUACAGGGAGGGAAUAGGGGAAGAGAGGUUAAAAGUUUUAAACAUUAUAGACAGUUUUUAUAUAUAACUUAUUUAAUAUGAAUGUGACAAACAUAACCUUUUCUCUGGAGCUAUAUUCAUGAAAAUAUUUAGUCAUAUCCCUAAGACUAGAGAAAGGUAUUAUCCUAGGGAAGUAGAAGAGAAAGGGAAUGUUGAUGACUUAAAAAACCAGAAAUGCCAAAAAGAAAAACAACCUCAAAAUAAAUAUGACUUAGUCCUUAAGCACCUUUUUGAGUUUUGGGCUUGCAGAGGCCCCUUGUUCCAAAUUAGUGCUCUUUGGUAUUUCAUGGCAAAUCUGGGACCUGGUUUUUGCAGAGCUGUCAAAAGCCUCUGGAGUAUAAGGCCAAUAUUUGUUUACUUGGAUGAUUCUAGAAAAAGCCAUGAAGGCACCAAAACUUUGAUUCAUUCAUACCUUAGCAAGGUAUAGAAAUCACAUAAACUUUGAACAUUCAGUAGGAAAUAGCACUUUUUAAAAAGAGAAACAAAAUGCAUAAAAAAUAAAAAUCAUUUUUCAUAUCACUUCACCUUUCUACUCCCUCCACCCUCAUAUGCUCCCAGUUUGUAAUUUGUUAGUAAAUGUUAUUGUCUAAACAAGGGCUUAGGGCUGGGGAUCCUAAAUUGUUUUUAAUGUUUUGAGAAAAAACUGCAUUAUUUUUGUAAAGUAUUUAUUAAGUGGUUGUGUCUCAUGCACCAGGCAAUUUUGAUAUGAUAUGCUUCUGUAGGGUGGGAUUUGGUGCAAAUAAAGAGAUGAUUUGUAGGGAAUAUUUUACUUGCAGAACUCCAGAAAAAGAGGAUAUAUAAAUAAAAUCAUCAUAGUAUG